UAAUUGUGUCCUAGCAACGACUUACGCUGGGUAACGUAGCGUACAGACAUGACAGGGCUGACAACAUAGCAGUGAAGGAAUGUUUGGACUUCAAGUAAGCUCGAAGUAUUCUAAAUCUCACGGGGGCAACUUAUUUUAGCUUCUAUGUAGUUUUAGGAGGGGUAAAAGUGUAGUAAAAGAUGUAUGGGCGAGCUCCAAGGGUUACCUUCGUGACACCGAAGGCCAAUGCGUCUACAGUCGGCCCCGGAACAUAUGAUAUCACGCAGAAUAAGACUACAGUGGAAGAUGGCUAUGCUCCAUUUCUGUCUUUGACCAGCAGACAGCCACUUAUCAGUGAGUCCAGUAUGAUGGUACCAGGACCUGGCCAGUAUGACUCGUCUCCUCUCAAGCUUAAUGUCCAUGGUGGCUGUAGUCUUCAGAACCGCUCCAAGCGCUUUGAGGAGGUAGUACCAAAGGCUCCGGGUCCCGGGGCCUACAAUGUACUGCCAGCUUCAGGAAACACACUCAGGGCAGGGAUGACUAAUGUAGGACAGGCCCAGAAGCUUGGCAGAGAAACGUGGCUGCAGGCCAAAAGUCUGAGGCUGGUUCGUCAGUCAGACAUCCCAUCUAUUCCUUCCCCGGGCCAGGCCUAUGGCUAUGAGGAGGAUGCCCUGGGUGUGCUUAGCAAGCAGCAGCCCCCUCCCAGAGACAGCACCCUGGGGCCAGCCUACUACAAUCCAGUGGUGUCAGAGAAGAGUUCUGCGCAGAAGUAUAAAGGAGUCCACUUUGGUAACAUGACAGGGACGAGAGGGGUGGUGACAGUGGAGGAAGGACCAGGUCCAGGACAAUAUUACCCUGAAACGAACGUUAAGACGCAGUAUGUGAAUAUGAACCUUGAAAUGGAGCAGAGAGGCAGAGCUGAGCUUAUCAUCCCUCGCUACCAUGAACUGGUGCCCAGGCAAGAGGAAAAGAAGGGAGUCCCUGGACCUGGUCAGUAUCACAUCAGAAGUCAGUUUGAGAAGUCUGUGGAGUCCUGCGGUAGCCUGCCAAAGUUCACCAGCUCCUUCCUCUCUCAGUCUGAGAGAUUCAGCCCCAUGAAGGAAGUGUCGCCCCCUGUUGGUGCAUAUAAUGACCCGCGCUGCGCUCUGGAGCUACUGAAGAGGAACGCAGGGGUGAAGAAAAGUCCAUUUGGUUUAACUGCAGCACGCUUCAAUCCUAACCAUAACAAGACAUGCUCCACACCAGGUCCAGGGUCCUACAAUGUCUUUGAGCGCAGUUUAGCCAGUGAGAGUUUCAAAAAGGCAUUUUUAGAAAGGACCAGGAAGGGAGGCUUUGGCUCCACUGCUCAACGCAACUUCAUCUUCCACAACAAGGAAUCGAUAGAUGCCCCAAGUCCAGGGCAGUAUGAGACAGAAAAGAAGACAGAGGAGAACUACAAACAGCAGCACACAGCUGUUUUCAGAUCAGCCACAGAACGUUUAUCACGACCAGCUAAAGACUCUCCUCCACCCAACACCUAUAACGUGAGUCAGUCAUUUGAGAAGGCUAAAGGACGCUCCUACUUACAACCCCGAAGUGAAGGAGCCAAGAGACGGCAGAGCUGCUUCCUCUCUGCUGCACCCCGGAUGAUCUCUUUCUGCAACAUGACCCCCAGUAUACCAGGUCCUGGCCAGUACGACCCCAGCAUGAGAUCUUCCCCUCAAAUGGCUCUGAUCUCUUCCAGAGAAGAUCGGUUCAAAGUCUCCAUGAACACCAACCCUGGCCCUGGAGCUUAUCAGUUGAGUCCAGGUCUCAUGAACACAGUGAUGAAGGGCACCUUCAAUGUGACACUCAACAACCCCCUUGGCCCCUGCUGUUCCCCCCGAGUGGCCCCUGGCCCUUUAAUGGCCCACAAGACCAUUAACACCGUUGCACCUAAUACCUUGAAUGCCACCCGUACUUCUUAGUUCCAUAUGGAGGUCAAAGUUUGAGGUUGAAAGUCAUCACGUUGGAGGAAGACUGCUUUUAAAAUACCCACAAUUCAUCCGUCAUCUACAGCUGAUGGUUCCCUCAUUCCUUACCCUGAGUAAUGACAUUCUGAUUCAGCUGUUUUGUGGAUCAGCUCUCUGUUUAAACCCCUUUGUAAAUCAAUAACAAUUAAAAAGCUAUUAAUAUAAAUAUA